GCGAGGCCCAAUGUCAUUGUUUGUCUCUAGCUCCAGUCGCGCGACUGCCCCCCGGCUGCUGGAACUGCAGCAGCAUCAGCGGACGCAAUGUCAUUGUCCAACUCUACCUCCAGCCACUCGAAUGCCCCCCGGCUGCUGGUCCAGCAGCAGCAUCAGCAGUCGCACAGCGCGCUGCCACGCGUCCUUCACAACGAUGCGGCUGUCGCCGUUCAGCGCCUCCAUCACCAGGAGGGUCGUUUACAAGUCGCGAAGAAGGCGGCCCUCGUUCGCGCGCAGACGGCAGGAGCGACGGGCAACUUCGUGACCAGGGACUCGCAGUUCGGCAAUCUCCUCAUUCCGGUCAUCCCCUUGCAGUACGCCGCCACGUCAGCACAGAAGAAUCCUGGUGCGGGAGACGCGGCGAGCCAUUCUAUUGGCGGGAAAAAUGGAGCGGAUUGCGGGAACUACACGGCAGGAGUUAUGCGCUCUUGACGUUGAAGGAAGGCUAUGAACAUUCUCAGAGCCCCCCGCAUCUCCCCCUCUCUCUCUCCCUCUCCCCUUUCCCUGGAGAUAGCCGUUGUCAAAUGAGAGCUUUUGACGUCGAAGCUGUAGUUGCACCUCUGCGCAAGGGAGAUCUGCCGCCGCCAUUGCAAUCGCUCUCUCUCUCUCUCUCUCUCUCUCUCUCUCUCUCUCUCUGUCUUUCGAGCGCGCGCUUUCCUUCGGCCACAGGAUUCGAACGGAGGACGAGGAGGGGCAGGAGGAAGAUGUCUUCGCAUUUGCAACGUCUGCUGCCGGGAUGGCAUCAUCUGUGUUUGAAGCCACGUCUGCGUCCGGAUCCGGGUCCGCAUCUCAAGUUCCAGGUGGCGCCGAUUAUCAAUUCUUCUGCUGUAUUUUCAGAUCUUGGACAGACGGAGGACGUCAACAAUGCGCGACUUGUAAAGCAUAUGAGUGGAUAAGGUGCUCGCCGCACCACUCUUCAAAUGUGCAAAAUGCGAAUGAACUUUCCCUUAGAACAUGGACGGAUACACAUGCCGCCAUGUUUUUUUUUUUUGUCUUUUUCAGAUUUGGAGACUGGUGCGGCGAGGCCCUAAACGAAGGAGAAAGCUAUUUUUUUUCUUCUCCCGAUGCAGUUCUUCCCGCUAUCUGGUAAGUCUCGAUAAGCUUCGAUCUUAUCGUCGCGCAUCUGAUCAAUUUGUCUGACCAGGUGCGUUCUUUGUACCAUAUGUAUGUAGUCAUCUCUUUCAGAAGUUGUUCCAUUACGUUCGUAGUUGAACCGCGACCGUGUCCCUGCCGUCCUGUCUGUCUGUCUGUCUGCAGACCUGCCUGCCGAUUCCGCCCUACCAUACCGUCGGCCCGCUGGGCGGUUUGCCUCUCGGCCGCAUCGAUGAGGUAUCGAUCUCCCACGUUUCUCUUGACCUCGCCUCCGGCAGUGCAUGUGCACCCGCAGUCAGCUAAGACGGAGCUCGGCAAUGUCGUUUUUUUUUUUGUUUUUUUUUUUCGGUUUUGAUGGGGGGACUCAUAUGUGAAUGGCUGUAGUAGCAAACGAUUCUUCUACUUCAAGUUUGUUGUCCGAAGCAUAUCCUUCGAGUCGUUGACGCAUCAGUGGAAAUGGAAACCAUCCUCCAGAAGAUUGCCACGGUCCCCGUCUGAGGGGGGUACUGACACCCACUACCCACCACUCUCGUGAAUGUAUCUGACCGUGGUGAAGGCAGGACCUCGAUGAAUCCGACCGCAAUUACGUCUAGAAAAAAUAAGCUUAAAAGGUCCAAGUGUGAGUACGCGCUGAGAAAGAGGGAGGGCGAAAAAGAACAGCCGAAGCCAAAGAACGCC